AUGCCCUUCUUUUCACCUCAAAGAGUCUAUGCUGUGCUCGGGGCAUCCAAUAACUCUGCCAAGUUCGGUUUCAAGAUCACAUGUUGGUAUGUUGAUCAUGCCUUACCAGUUGUGCCAAUAAACCCCACAGCAAGUGAAAUCGUUGGUGAAAAGACGUGUCCAACCAUUCAAGAGACGUUGAAGUACAUCCAAGGUCAAUACCCAGGCAACGAUGGACUAAGCUUGAGUGUGCUGACACCACCGUCUGUCACUAAAACCGCGCUGGAUGUUGAUCUAGAAGGUGUCAAGAGUAUCUGGUUCCAACCAGGUAGUUAUGACGAGGACUGUAUUAAACUCGUUCAAUCCAAAGGUAUCGAGCUGACUGCUGAUGGACACUGCAUUCUUGUUGAAGGUCCUUCAAUCUACGUCCAGUCAAAGCUCUAA